CGAAGCUUGAGAGGCUUGUUAUAACCGUUGCAGCUGCAGAUCUGUGUUGUUUGAUUCGCCUGGCGCUAUGGUGAGUGCCGAGGAUGAGGCAAAGCUCAAGGAGCUCGCCAAGAAAGAUCCCGAGCAGGCGAGGAAGCUCAAGAGGGCGCUGGUGAGUGAGCCACACGGCCGACGCGCGCGAGACAGCGGACAUGCAGCCAGAACAUGUGAUGCCUUUCGUGUCGGCUGUGCGUGUGUUGGUAUGGUCGGUCAGAAAAAGAAGAGGAGCAAGGAGAAGGCGAAGCAGGAGAGCAAGGUGGUCAAGCAGGAGGAAGAGGAGGACGAGAAACCGGCGGUCAACGGCGCGGUAGAGGAAGCAACUCAGCAGGAGGUCAGUCGGUGUGAUGGAGGGAGCAUGUGUCGACCUGCGUGUUUUACCUUCUCUCUCGGUUGUGUUCAGGAGGUUGAUCGCGAGGACGAUGUCGAGAUCGAAUACGUCGCGCAGCGUAGGACACGCAAACAACUGACUGACAGCCAAGCGCUGUGGCAUGUGUCUGUCUGUGUGGGUGCAGCUUUGGAGGAUCCCGAGUUCGAGGAGUUCAAGGAGGUCUUCGAGAAGUUCAAGAUUGUCGAAAAGGACGAAACGGUCAGCAGCAACUGCACAUCUUGGGAGACACCCGCACACCAUCACUGUGUGUGCCUUGUCGUCUGUCAUGUCAGGGUGGCGAUGAGGAGGGCGAGGAGGGCGACCAGUUGGCCGAGGGCAAGUCGAAACUCGCCACGGGCGACGAGGAGGACGAGGAUGAAGACGAAGAUGUGAGCGCUGGAGGGGGGAUGGUGGAUGGGUGGGAGUAUCUUGACAUGGACGUGUGCGUGUCUGCGUAUUAUGUAGGCUGAGAACCAGAAGAUGUCUAAGAAGCAGCUCAAGGCGCUGAAGCGACCGUCCGUCUCGGCACUCAAACAAGUACAAUGGGCAGACACACCAACCACCAGCGCCACCCAAGCAACCAACACGCGUCUUCUCCCCUCUGUGUGUGGUCCGUGCGUGUCUGUCAGACCACCCACCGUCCCGAGGUGGUGGAGUUCUGGGACACCACGUCCCCCGAUCCCCGGCUGCUGGUCUUCCUCAAAUCGCUUCGCAACACCAUCGAGGUGCCGCGCCACUGGAGCCAGAAGCGCAAGUACAUGGCCGGCAAGAAGGGCGUCGAGAAAAACCACUACGAGCUGCCCCAGUGGCUCGAGUUCACUGGCAUCGCUAAGAUACGAGAGGUGCCCACAGCAGGGACGGACGGGGAUCUGUGUGGUUCGUGUGUGUAUGUUCACCUUCUAUUGUGUGAUAUGUUGCAGGCGUUGUUGGAGAAGGAGGCGCAGAAGUCGGCCAAGCAGAAGCAGAGGGAAAAGGCGCGGCCCAAGGCCUCCAACAAGAUCAACAUCGACUACCAGGCGCUCCAGACGGCCUUCUUCAAACUCGCCACCAAAGACAAACCCAAAAUGACCAGAUUCGGAGACCUGUAAGACACACUGCACAGCACAGCACAGCAAACUGAGACACACACACACGCACACACACGCGAGCACGCACACACACACACGAGAUAACAUGGUCACCUUUAUGGCUGUAUCAGGUACUUCGAGGGCAAGGAGUACGAGGCCAAGAUGAAGCACUUCAAGCCCGGAAUCCUCACAGACAAGAUCAAGGUGAGACCAAACCACCACCCAGUCCCCCCCCUCAUGCAUCGACACACCCAUCACCUGUCUGUGUGUGUCUUUGGUGGGUACCUGCCAUGCAGGCGGCAUUGGCCAUGCCAGAGGGCGCCCCUCCUCCCUGGCUGAUCAACAUGCAGCGUUACGGCCCACCCCCCUCCUACCCCAAGCUCAAGAUUCCCGGCCUCAACGCGCCCAUCCCGCCUGGCGCCAGCUACGGAUACCACCCCGGCGGAUGGGGCAAACCACCCGUCGACGAGGUCAGUCUCCGCCGGAAGCAAAUUUAUUUCUUGUCGGAGGUGUAUGGAACCUCUGUGUGCGUGUGAUGUGUUCAGUAUGGGAAUCCGGUCUAUGGUGACUACCGCGCAGAGGCGGCCUACCAAGAGGAGGAACAGGCGGCCGGCGCCCUGUGGGGCGAGCCGGAGCAGCAGGAAAUGGAGUUUGAAGAAGGUAGGCAGGCCAAAACACCACACAAGCCACGCCACAUCUCUGUCGCCACCGUGUGCGUGUGUUGUCCGCCCUUCGUCAUCAGAGGAGGAAGAAGAGGAAGAGGAGCAGCAGGAGGGCGCGGGCGGCACAGACACUCCGGCCGUAGGCAUACUCACUGACACACACACGAACAACAGACAGACAAGGGGGCAUUCUGGACAUAUAUAUUGUGUGUAUGUCUGUUUCUGUCAGAGUGCUGCACCUGGCACUGAGACGCCCAUGUUGGACCCGACGGGCAUGGCGAGUGUGGGGGGCAUGCGAUCCGUCGGCGCGUCAUCCGUCACCUCUGGCCUCGAAACACCCGAAUCGGUCGAUAUCAGGAAAAAGUAAGGAUGUGGGGUGGGCGGACCACAAACACUGACGAACACAAGUGCACGUGAUGCUGUCGGGCUGGCUGGCUGUGUGUGUUUGAUCCUCAGGGGCAUUGCGUCCAUGGGUGGCUAUGCUUCGUCAUCCAUAGCGUCGAUGGGCCCCAAGCCGUACCAAAUCCUCAGAGAGGCCAAGGCACCCGCACAGGUGGGUCAACAGGCCCCCACUCAUCGAGCACACCUGCAUCCAUCUCAAUUGUUUCCUUGCUGUGCAGCCCGGCGCCCUCUUCCAAUCCACAGUACGCUACGAGAUGCCCACUGGACGCCCAGGACAGGUACGACCACGCAGGGGGGCGAGACGCUUCGCAUCACUGCACAAACACGCCCUCUUCUACCUGUCUGUGUCAGCCUGGCGGGACGGUCUCUCCGGGCGGCACAUCGACGCCGGCCAUUGGGGGCACUGUGACGCCGUUCGGCGCUCCGGGCGGCGCCCAGACUCCCCUGGCCAUAUCGGGGCCGCCGAGGCCAGGGGGCGCUGAGACACCGGGCGCUGGCGGCAUGACCAUGAGCCUCAAUCCCACCGAUCUGGGUCAGUGAGAGAGAAGGGAAGGAAAGGUCUCGUCAAUUCGAACGUGGAUUGGUCUUCAUCGUCUGGCGUAUGUGUGUGGUCGCACAGAGCAAGAGGGUGUCUUCGCGGCUGAUGUCAUCCGGAAGCAGCUCAAGGAGCAGGAGGAGGCGGCCAUGAAGGCCACCAAAGGCGCCGGGCAAAUUGACGUCAAUGAACGUACGACACUGGCACGAUACGUACACACACGGACACUCGGAUAGCAUCACACACACACACACACGCGCGCGCAUUGCCUUUCUGUCCUUUCAGUCAAGAAGCGCAAGGCGCCUUCGAGCGGCACGGUGAGCGCUGGUGGCGAGGCAAGUGUGGAAAAGAAGAAGAAGCGCAAGAAGGAAGAAAAGUUCAAGUUUUAACCGCACAACACACAUGCAUUCAUUCAUUCAUAUGGGGCGUCUUGCGGAAGUGAGUGGAUGCGGUUAUUUGUGAGGGACAUCAGUGGUCGUGUGGCUUUAUGACAGCUGCAAAGGAAAUGGCAUGUGUGAAGUUUCUUCAGUGCAUCUUUCGCGGCCAUUCUGAUGAGAAAUGGUUGCGGACAGAUGUGGUGGAGGACCGUGACACAUGCCAGUUCCUUUGCGCUAUCGACCCCGCCCUUUGACUGACCAUCCCAUGUCUGCACAUUCGAAUGCUGAUCCGUUCAUCUUGGAUGGAUGGAUGGGUGUCGAUUGGUGUUGUGGUUCAAGGAGAUGAAGA